CCCCUCCCAUUUCCUUUUCCCCCUUUCUUCCUCUCCACUCCCACUUCAGUUUUUCAUCUCUCCUUCCUAAAUGAAUCAUUUUCGCUUGAAACCUCACAAGAAAUCAAAAGCCUAACCUUUGCAACCCACUUCCCCAGUCACCGCUGCUCUCAUUUUCAUCUACGGUGGUUUAGGGCUCCACCAUAAACUGAAGGUGGAAUCCUAAGCACCAUCAGAUACUUAGAUCCGUUGAUGACCACAUUCAUCUAUGUCAUUGCAACCGGAACAAACAAUCGAUCCACCACUACCACCGUCAUGAUCCUUCCUCUGUCUCUAACUUAUUUGUGAUGCCAUCUGCCAGAGCUAACACAACUGUCGGCGACCACACUCAUUUAUCUUGAUUUUAUGGUUGUUUGAGUUUUGAUUUUGGCAUGAAAUCGAUGGAACGUGAUUUCAAAGCUUCUGGGUUUGGUGCUUGUAUUAAAGGUGGUGGUGAUUUUGCUUUCCAUUUUUAAGAAAUCAAUCAAUGUUGGUCUUUAUUUGUAAAUGUAAAGCAGGUACGAUGGUGGUGAUGAAUUGGAGUGAAGGGUAAUCUUGAACAAUGAAGGGUAAGAUCGGUGGUCGUGAUGAAUUGGAGUGAAGGGUAAUCUUGAACAAUGAAGGUAGAGACGUGUCGUUUUUACGUACGCGUAGUCAUCGACUUCUGACACGACGAACAUACGUGCCUUCUUCUCUUUCUUUCACCGCCUCAUCUUUUAUUUUCAGAGGGUUUUCUUAUUCGUCUGCUCCCAUCUUCGAUUAAAGCUUCCAUCAUCGUUCACAUGCUUUUCUGGUAAAUGGAAUUGAUCCCCAAAAUACACAGUCUCUUCUCCUCUUCUCGCCUGACCAUCUUCCCUCCGCUUGCUCUGAGGUUUCUUCUUCUUCUUCUGAGAAUCGUUGACCUACACCAACUCCUACCCUAGAGAGCAAGUUUCAAAAUCGUCGGCCCCCACCACCGGAUGUUCCACGUUCAAAUCGACGAUUUAGGGCGUCCGACUUAUGGCUGAAUCGGUUUAUGUGAUUAUCAACGAUCGAUUCUCCUACCGCUUCUUUUGGUCCUUCCACCACCGCUACCUCAAAUCGAUUCUCCUCUUCACAAAACCAAUACCAGAAAUCGUAUCUCUUUCUUUCUGUAAUCGAUUAUGGCUCCACGCACUUUUCUUCCCAGUGCGGUUUCUUCAUGAAUCCACCGACAUGGACUUCUCUCAUGCCUUGCGAGCCUUGAAUUCCGGUCAUUUACUCUUUGUUUUCCCUUCUUCUUCAACAUCUGUGGGAUUGGAGGACUGUUUCACUCUACACACAGGUGUGAAAGGUAAAUGA